AUGCGGGCCAAUGGGAGCCUGCCGUUGACUGCUGAGGUGGUGGCAGCACUUGAGCGGGAGAUGGGUCGUCGCAGCGGGAGCGGAGGGGAAGAGGGGCAUUACUCGGUUCAGUAUGCGAAGCAUAAGCUGAAAGCGAAGCUUCUCAAAGGAAAGACAAUUCGCAGCUGGAUCAGAGAGCUCCAAGUGAUGUGGCGCGACUCAACUGGCACACAGCAUUCGGCGUUCUUCAAGGCGCGAGACGGCAAGGAGCAAGGGAGGGGCAGCAGCGGGUUCAUCGACCGACUGGAGCUUGACGGCUCGCCGGUGGCCCCGCCUCUGUCCGCCGGCUCUUCCAUCACCGGCAGCGGCGGGUUCAAGCUGCUUUUGGCGGAAACGCGGAGCUGCAAGGGGAAGGACCAAGACGAUUUUAUUCUCACGAUCGACAGCCUGGUGGACAUGGGCAUCACGGCACGUUUGGCGCACCCACUCAUGCAAACGGCUACGGAGGCCCAGGCGCAUUUCAAUGUGCACAUCGCCCAGCUCAAUCACACGAGUGGCAUUCACGGUGUGCUGGGUCAGACCUUCACCCAUCUCCCCCCUUGCUGUCGUCCCCUCUUUCCCUCCCUUGAGCAGCACACAAGUGGCAUUCACGGCGUGCUGGGUCAGACCUUCACCCAUCUCCCCCCUUGCUGUCGUCCCCUCUUUCCCUCCAUUGAGCAGCACACGAAUGGCAUUCAUGGUGUGCUGGGUCAGACCUUCCGAGCGGAGGAGUCCCGCAUGGUGCGCUCGCUGCGGUACCGCCUGCUGACCCGCCUGCUGCGCGAGCCGGUGGAGGUGGAGAGCGAGAGUGGCAGGGGAUUCCUGGAUGGGCGCACGGAGGACUAUAUCACCUCGGAUAUUCGCUCCGCGGACUGCAUGUACGCCGCUGCAUGGCGCAGGGGAGAACACGAGAAUAGCGAUGGAAGUGAUUUUAUGUGA